UCACAGCUAAGGUGGGGCCGUGGUUUAUCCGGGAAGACCCUCCGCCUGCAAGACGCUUUCUUUCAGUGCAUCUUCGCCUUGUUUUCGCUAUCUUUCACUGGGUAUUUUUAAAGUUGCAUUUAGUGCGUUUGCGACAUUUAAAAAAAAAAAAUUCAUUCAAGGUCGGAAAAAUGGACCCGCUGGACUUUCUGGAAUCCGCGCAACUCCAACGCUUUUUCCAGUCGCGUAAAACCGAAUUAUCCUGCCUGGAAAACCCGCAGACUUUCCUCAGCCAGCUAAGGGACUACAACAUCAUCCCGGAAGACAGAUACAAGAAAGUGAUCAAUAUGAAAAGCAAAGAUAAAACUCGAAUGGCCAUCCGUAAAAUCUUAGAGUGGCUUGAAAGGGAGAGGUCAGAGCACAUCCGUUUGUUCUGGAGGUGUGUCUUCAAGGAGAUCAUCUUAAGCCAGUACCCCAUCCUUCGACAGAUGCGCAACAGCCUCAUGGAUGGAUCUUUUCUUUUCGACGGACAAUUGCCUCCAACUGUUGAAAAAGAGGAAAAAGGGAAAAAGAAAAAUACGGAGACCAGCUCAGUGAAAAACAAGAAAAUAAGCAAGAACACAUGUGGUGAUGAAGAGCAGCCUGGUACAUCAUCCCAUAUGACUCCAUGUCAGAAGAAAUCCAAGAAAGUAGCUGUUGUUUCCCCAAAGAAGGGAGAGAAGAUCUGGACCUCACCCAACGAACUGCCUGUGACCUGCGGAAACAUGGAGGGAACACUCUUCCAAGAGAUACUACCUCAAGGAUCUUUUCAAUUCAACAAACUAUUUCCUACAACUGUUGAAAAGGAGGAAAAAGGAAAAAAGAUGAAUAAUGAGGCCAGCUCAGCGAAAAACAAGAAAAGAAGCAAGAACACAUGUGGUGAUAAAGAGCAGCCUGGUACAUCAUCCCAGAUGACUCCAUGUCAGAAGAAAUUCAAGAAAACAGCUUUUGCUUCCCCAAAUAAAGGAGAGGAGAUCUGGACCUUGCCCACCUUUAAGAACCAACUGCCUGUGCCCUGCAGAAAUAUGGAGGGAAUACUCAACCAAGACAUACUAGCUCAAGGAUCUUUUCAAUUCAACAAAUUAUUUCCUACAACUGUUAAAAAGGAGGAAAAAGGGAAAAAGAAAAAAAAGGAGGCCAGCUCGGUGAAAAACAAGAAAAUAAGCAAGAACACAUGUGGUGAUAAAGAGCAGCCUGGUACAUCAUCCCAGAUGACUCCAUGUCAGAAGAAAUCCAAGAAAACAGCUUCUGCUGUCCCAAAGAAAGAAGUUGAGAUCUGGACCUUACCCACCUUUGAGAACCAAAAGCCUGUGACCUGUGGAAACAUGGAGGGAACACUCAACCAACACAUACCAGCUCAAGGAUCUUUUCAAUUCAACAAACUAUUUCCUACAACUGUUGAAAAGGAGGAAAAAGGGAAAAAGAAGAAUAAGGAGGCCAGCUCAGUGAAAAACAAGAAAAGAAGCAAGAACACAUGUGGUGAUGAGGAGCAGCCUGGUACAUCAUCCCAGAUGACUCCAUGUCAGAAGAAAUCCAAGACAAUAGCUUUUGCUUCCCCAAAUAAAGGAGAGGAGAUCUGGACCUUGCCCACCUUUAAGAACCAACUGCCUGUGCCCUGCAGAAAUAUGGAGGGAAUACUCAAUCAAGACAUACUAGCUCAAGCUGUCCCAAAGAAAGAAGACAAGAUCUGGACCUCACCCACCUUUAAGAACCAACUGCCUGUGACCUGCGGAAACAUGGCGGGAAUACUCUUUCCAAAAAAACUAGCUCAAGGUGAAAAAUGCAUCCAAGUAAUGGAUCAAUGGUUUACUCCCCUUGAGUUUCAAGAGUUUGCAGGAAAGGAGAAGUCCAAGAACUGGAAAUUAAGCAUUAAGUAUGAGGACAUCACCCUUGGAAAGCUGAUUCAGGAGGGGCACUUGAAAUCUGGCACAUUCAAGAAAAGAAGUAAAAGGGCAAAAGUUUUGUCUCCCCACUCGUUGCUGUGCAAAUGCAGCAAAUGCAAGGUGGAGCUUAAAAACAAAGAUACCGGUAAUCAGAAAAAUUAUGACGAGUGUUACAUCUGUAAAGAUGUGGGAGAUCUGGUCAAGUGUGAUGACUGUCCCAAAUAUUUCCACCAGAAUUGUCACCUUCCUCAUAUAGAAGAAGCAAUGAUGAGUGACAACACACCGUGGAUGUGCACCUUCUGCAUUUUCGAAAUCAUACAAAACAGCCGCUACAAUCACAAGCAGAAGAGAGAAGUUGUCUUGUCCCGUCAGGUGUCUCAACACAUGGUGGAAUGCCAGUAUCUGCUCUUGUUCCUCAGAAACACAGACCCAGAGCUUAACUUGGAAAACUACAGAUGUUUUGUUGAGACUCUAACGUGGGUCGACAAAAUUGCUGACAAACUUCAGGAGAAUCAAUACAAGACUGUCGGCCAGUUUGAAUCAGACGUCCAGCUCAUCUUGGCCAACUGUGUUUUUUACAACCGGGAUAAUGCAGAAUUCCUGGAAAUUGGCAAGAGAUUGAAAGAGACAUUUGACAAAGAAUUCAAGAAAGCCUUUAACAUUGUUGACUAGAUUGUUGUGUGCUCUGCAUUUUUAACCCUUGUGCUAUCUGAGAUGACCCCACCCCUUACAUUGACGUGUUCUUCCUACCAUGACAAAGGUGGAUAAAGGUGGAGAGAUUUUGAGUAA